CACCACGUGAUUUUAAAAAAUGGAAAAGGGAGAUAGGGCAGCCUUUUUCAGUGCUGCAGAGCAGCAAGUUAUACUUCAGCGGUUUGAGGACCUAAAACAUAUUUUCAAUCACAAAAAUAAUACAACUGCUGCUGGUAAAGCGAGACAGGCAGCAUGGCAGAAAAUUGCCGAUUCAGUCAACGCGGUUAAUCCAUCUGGAGUAAAACGAAGUUGGCUGCAGGUCAAGGUGAAAUACAAGAACAUGGUACAAACAGCCAAAAAAGCAGAUCGGCGGAAGACCACGCUAGACCCACUGCAACCUGUCUUUUCUGCUGCAGAGGACCUGAUGGCUGAAACCCAUAAAUUCUGUUCCACUAUAGACACUAUCACAGAGGAAACCUCUUCCACAGAACUCAAGUCAACACUCUCCUGCUCAAACUUUGUGAGAGUGCUAGCAAACCACAUGACAUCAGAGGAGAUCACAGCAGAAUCUGGGUCCGAAGUGUCAUUGAAUAAUGCACCAGUCGUAUACAUUGACAAUGCUGAAGAUAUCACGUCAGAUUCGUCUAUACAUGAGGGUCCAGGCAUAAACGAGACCUCACCUGAGGCCACACCAUCCACUUCCAAAACAUGGAACAGCGAGGGGGACAAAAAAAGAAAGCCCUCAAAUGUCAAAGUGAAGGACUUGUAUAUGAAAUACUUGCAACAGGAGAUUGACUACAGGAGAUUAAAGAUGCAAAAGAUGUCCUUGGAGAUGAAAUUACUUGAGAAACAAUUAAAUUGCCUUGUUGAAGCAGCUCUCGGCGCCUGGUUUAGGAUUCAGGUAUGGCAUCAUCAAGAAUGGAAGACAGGGAUACUCAUUGUCAGCCACAAGCUGCCCAUCAAAACAACCUGAGAAGUAAGGGAGGACAAAGACCCAACACACCUCCAGGCUGUGUAAGGGCUAUUUGACCAAGAAGGAG